AUGUCCCCUCGCGCGCCAUUGAAGGAUCAUCUACUUCACCAUCUGUCCAAGUGUUGUCACUGCCUCUCUUGGAGUCUCAUCCUAUUCUCUACGCACCCACGUCUGGUUCGACAGUGGGACUGGCUUGAUAUAGAUGGCCAAGAUCUCAACGGUUCGCUCCUUUUGUCCCGAGCUGGAAUCUCCUUCCUAAAAUCGGUGCCUGGCCUUCUUAUUUUUGGCUUCGCCAUCGCCUUAGGCGUGGUACCUGCCUGCACGUUGAUCUGUGCAGUUCAUUUGGUCUCUAUGUUUAUGCAACUGUUGCGUCUUCUCAUAGGCCUUCACGGCAUUUUUGUCGGAACAUGUCUGAAUGCUACGCUACGGCCUCCCCGAAGUACCGCUACGUGA